GAUAGGAAAAAGAUCCAUUAUAUUUGAUGUCUCUCCCCUCUCUAUCAAUAGUUUUAAAAACUCAAAAUAUUUUGGUCUCUCGUAAAACUAUUCCCGCUUAAUACUAUCAAACCAGCAAUGAAACCAAAGCCAAAUUCUCUCUUCUUUCUCUUCUCUUUUCUUCUUUUUCCUUUCUCUUUUUCCUCCAAUGACACUCACUCUCUCACUCUCUUCCGCCUCCAAACCGACGCCCACGGCUCUCUCCUCACCAACUGGACCGGCAUAUCCGCCUGUUCUUCCGCCGGCCACUCUUGGGCCGGCGUCAAAUGCUCCGCUUCCGGCCGGGUCAUCUUCCUUUCUCUCCCUUCCCACUCCCUUCGCGGACCUAUCUCUUCACUCUCUCUUCUUGAUCAGCUUCGUGUUCUUGAUCUUCAUGAUAACCGUUUAAACGGCUCCGUUUUGUCCAUCACUAACUGCACCAAUCUUAGACUUCUGUACCUCAAUGGUAACGAUUUCUCCGAUGAAAUACCGCCGGAGAUUUCGUCACUCAAGAGGCUGGUAAGAUUGGAUUUAUCAGACAACAAUAUUCACGGCGUGAUUCCUAACGGUUUGACCAAUCUGACACGGCUGUUAACUCUCAGGUUACAGAACAAUGAACUCUCCGGCGAAAUUCCAGAUCUUUCAAACUCACUUCCAAUACUAAAAGAAUUAAAUUUCUCAAAUAAUGAACUGUCCGGCAGGCUACCGGAUAAUCUUUUCAAAAAAUUCGGUGAGAGUAGCUUUUCCGGUAACGAAGGAAUAUGUGGGUCUUCAAGUCCAUUGCCGGAAUGUUCUUUAACCGGCGGAAAUGUACCAGCUGAUUCGUCGUCGUCACAAACAGUACCUUCUAACCCAAGCUCAAUACCACAAACGCCGUUACUUACAACUCAAGACAAAACAAAGUCGCACAAAGGAUUAAGUCACGGCGCUAUAGCGGCAAUUGUGAUAGCAAACUGUGUUGCUCUGUUAGUUUUAACUUCAUUUUUAGUCGCAUAUUUUUGCGGUAGAGAGAGAAGCGGAAGCUCUAAAGUUGGCAGUGAGAGAAGGAAGAGCACCGCCAGUAGCUACGGCGGAAGUGAGAAGAAAUAUAGUAACGGUAACGAUAGUGACGGAACUAAUGCGACGGAUAAGAGUAGACUGGUGUUCUUUGAUCGGAGACAGCAGUUUCAGCUGGAGGAUUUGCUGCGGGCGUCGGCGGAGAUGCUUGGGAAAGGGAAUUUGGGGAGUGUUUAUAAGGCGGUGCUGGACGACGGAUGUGUGGUGGCGGUGAAGAGGUUGAAGGAUGCGAAUCCUUGUGGGAGGAAGGAGUUUGAGCAGUAUAUGGAUGUAAUUGGGAAGCUUAAGCAUCAGAAUAUUGUGAGAUUUAGAGCUUAUUAUUAUGCUAAAGAAGAGAAGCUUCUUGUUUAUGAUUAUCUUCCUAAUGGAAGUCUCCAUUCACUUCUUCAUGGGAAUAGGGGUCCAGGAAGAAUUCCUCUGGAUUGGACUACAAGGAUCAGUUUGGUUUUAGGAGCUUCGCGAGGAUUAGUGAAGAUUCAUGAAGAGUACAAUGCAUCAAAAAUUCCUCAUGGAAAUGUGAAGUCGUCUAAUGUACUUCUCGACAAGAAUGGAGUUGCUUGCAUUUCUGAUUUCGGGUUGUCCCUUCUUUUGAACCCGGUUCAUGCCAUAGCAAGAAUGGGAGGAUACAAAGCGCCAGAGCAGGCAGAAAUCAAGAGACUUUCUCAGAAGGCAGAUGUGUACAGUUUUGGAGUAUUGUUGCUGGAAGUUCUUACCGGAAAAGAACCGUCACAGUACCCGGGAUCUACGCGUCCUCGGGUCGAAGAGGAGGAACCGGUGGUGGAUCUUCCUAAGUGGGUGAGAUCAGUUGUGAAGGAAGAAUGGACCGCAGAAGUGUUUGAUCAAGAACUUUUGAGGUACAAGAAUAUUGAGGAGGAACUUGUGUCCAUGCUUCAUGUUGGGUUAGCUUGCGUUGUUUCCCAACCCGAGAAAAGGCCUACAAUGGCAGAGGUCGUGAAAAUGAUUGAGGAUAUUAGAGUCGAGCAGUCUCCUCUCGGAGAAGAUUAUGAUGAAUCUCGUAAUUCGCUUUCGCCUUCACUUCCCACCACUGAAGAUGGAUUGGCUGGGUAUUGAAGCUCCAGUAUUGUCUAUUAUUUGCAUUAUCUCAUUGCUAGCUCUCUUCAUGUAUUAUUGCCUUCUGUAAGAUUUUUCUAAACUGUAAUGCCUUGCAUCAACUUUUCUAGAUUUAUUUCAAUGUCUAAAGUCUAAUUAUUUUUAAA